AUGACCGUCUCUUGUUACCCCUGUCUUCAUCAACUCACGUUUUUCGCAAUCCUUGAUCCGGCUAUCAACUGCACCAUGUCAACGGAAAAUGACCCUCAUCCGAAACAGGCCUUGGCCCACGGCAAACAUGCUGCUCGACAGGAGCAGGCUAUGACCCUUUGGCAAGGUCUACGUCUGUAUCCUAAAGCCGUUGCGUGGUCUGUGCUUUUAUCUUCCACCCUCAUCAUGGAGGGGUAUGAUCUCGCCCUCCUCGGAUCUCUGUACGCGUCACCAGCUUUCAAACAAAAGUAUGGUGUCCAGACUUCAAGUGGCGACUGGAAUGUUCCCGCUUCGUGGCAGUCGGCUUUGUCAAAUGGUGCUCGCGUCGGUGAAGUCAUCGGUCUCAUCAUCAGCGGUCUCGUCUCUGAACGCCUGGGAUACCGCUGGACGAUGAUCUACGCCCUGAUCGCAAUGAACGCCGUUAUUUUCAUCUUCUUCUUCGCCGUCAACGUGCAGAUGCUUCUAUCGGCCGAAAUCCUAGCCGGUAUCCCGUGGGGCAUUUUUCAAACCCUGCCUGCCGCAUAUGCAUCAGAAGUCUGUCCGGUUGUGCUUCGGCCGUAUCUUACCACCUAUAUAAACGUCUGUUGGGUAAUCGGCCAGUUCAUCGCAGCUGGUGUUAAUAGGGGUUCAUUUCAACGCAUGGACCAAUGGUCAUACCGGAUUCCCUUUGCCGUGCAAUGGGCUUGGCCUCUUCCCAUUCUCAUUGGAAUCCUCUUCGCGCCCGAAUCUCCUUGGUGGCACGUCCGACGCGGCGAUAUCACCGGCGCAAAGCGCGCACUUCUACGCCUCACUUCGCCACAGGAUGGAAACUUCGACGCAGACAGCACCAUCGCCAUGAUCCAGCAUACCAACGAACUGGAGAAGUCACUGUCGGCUGGUACCAGCUACCUCGAUUGCUUCAAGGGCGUGAAUUUACGACGGACAGAGAUCGUCUGCGGCAUAUGGAUCGUCCAGACCCUCAGCGGCCAGAACCUCAUGGGCUACUUCGCCUACUUCUGCGUGCAGGCUGGCCUCCCCGAAGUGCACUCGUUCAACCUUAGCUUAGGCCAGUACGCACUCGGCGUCCUCGGCACAAUGGCCUCGUGGUUCCUCAUGUCGAAACUCGGCCGUCGGACCAUCCACCUCCUUGGACUCUCCAUGCUGUUCAUCAUCCUCAUCAUAACGGGAAGUCUCUCAUUUGCACCGGGCUCCAACAACGCAGCAAAAUGGGCGAUUGGAGUCAUGCUCAUCAUCUUCACAUUCGUUUACGACAUUUCCAUCGGACCCGUGACGUACUCGCUCGUCUCGGAACUUUCAUCCACCAGACUCAAGGCGAAAACAAUCAACCUCGCUCGAGCGGGAUACAACAUCAGCAACAUCGUCGUGAACGUUCUCACGAAUUACCAGCUCAACGACGAGUCGUGGGCGUGGGGUGCGCGGUCUGCGUACUUUUGGGCCGGGACGUGUCUGGUUUGUCUCGUUUGGGCGGCAUUUCGGGUGCCGGAGCCGAGGGGAAGAACCUAUGAGGAGUUGGAUGUGCUGUUUGAGCAGCGGGUGCCUGCUUGGAGGUUUGCGAAGACGGAUGUUGAUCCGUAUGAGGCUGAGGGUGGGGUCGAAGUUAGGGAGGAUCGAGCUAAGGAGUGA